UCUCUCUCUCUCUCUCUCUCUCUCUCUCUCUCUCUCUCUCUCUCUCUCUCUCUCUCUCUGGGAUUCCAAGGCUACCCUCACGGUUUUUGUAGGGGUCGCUUGGUUUCUUGAAGUAGGGGAGCCGCAGUUUGGUUUUCCUUUCAGCAUCCAGCCAAUUCCAGAAUUCUUGCUGGCCAUGCGGCACCGGCGGCGAUUCGGAGUGCUGCUGGGUUUCGCGAGCCUUUGCUACCCUCUGAGCUUUGCCGGGUUUCCUUUGGGACGAUCGCAAGUCCGGCCGCAAUGCUGCCUGGCGGCUUCCCUUUCAGAGCGCGAGGCGGCGAAGAGGCAGCUGCUGGGGUCCAUCGAGGCCUUCCAGGGGGCGCUGAAUCGCACCUCCGACCUCUCCAUCGACUUCGGGGUGAAAGGCGGGGAGCUGGACAAGAAGGACCGGGCGCCCGCGAAUCUGCUAAGCUCCGGGGCCUUCCACCGCGCCUCCGCCGGCUUGGGGGACUGCGCCGAGAAGGUGGUGGAGGACGCCGAGCGCCUGGCGAAGCUGACGCCCCUGGAGAAGCCCCUGGAGAAGUUCGGCACCGCGGAAGGCAAGGCUUGCCCUCUGCACGGGGCCUGGCGGCUGCUCUUCACCACGGCGGCGGACGCCACCUUCACCAAGAACUCCAGCCGCGGCGCCGCCCGGGUGUGCAACGUGGUCGAUGCCGUGGCCGGCACCGUCACCAACUGUAUCGACUUCACGGACGAUAGCAAGGCACCGGCGGUGGAGUGCCUGCGGGUGAGGCUCAUGGCGGAGGCGGAGACGCCGCAACGCCUGGGCUUGGUGUUUAGAUUCGUCCGCGCUCGGCUCGCCAAGUUUUUUGGCAUCCCUCUGGGCAAGCGGCGGCUCACCCUCACCUUCCCCGUGCCCGGGCCGCUGCUGACUCGGGUCAUCACUUUCUUCACCAGGAGAGCGCCUCCGAAGCCCUUCUUCGAGCUGCUCUACCUGGAUGACAACCUGAGGGUGCACAAGACGGGCCAAGGCAAUGUCUUCGUGCAGGAGAAGACGACACUGCCACCUUAUCUCUGAGGUGUAAAGCGCUGAAAAAGUGGGCGCUUUUCGCACUCGGGAGGUGGACUUUCCCAUGGCAUUUGGAG